AUGCGGCCACCCUGCCGGCCGCAUUGCGACGAUCCGCCACCGUUAUGCGCUAACCCGCCGCUCCCAUACGCUCUCAUUCCCUCUCACCCACUCUCUUACGCUCUCAUUCCCUCUCACCCACUCUCUUACGCUCUCAUUCCCUCUCACCCCAUCUCUUACGCUCUCAUUCCCUCUCACCCCCUCUCUUAUGCUCUCAUUCCCUCUCACCCACUCUCACACCCUCUCAUUCCCUCUCACCCACUCUCAUACGCUCUCAUUCCCCCCACCCACUCUCAUACGCUCUCAUUCCCUCUCACCCACUCUCAUACGCUCUCAUUCCCUCUCACCCACUCUCAUACGCUCUCAUUCCCUCUCACCCACUCCCAUACGCUCUCAAUCCCUCUCACCCUCUCUCAUACGCUCUCAUUCCCUCUCACCCACUCUCUUACGCUCUCAUUCCCUCUCACCCACUCUCUCACGCUCUCAUUCCCUCUCACCCACUCUCAUACGCUCUCAUUCCCUCUCACCCACUCUCAUACGCUCUCCUUCCCUCUCACCCACUCUCAUACGCUCUCAUUCCCUCUCAUCCCUUCUCAUCCCCUCUCAUUCACUCUCAUACACUCUCCUAUACUCUCAUACUCUCUCAUCAUCCCUUAUCAUACACUCUCAUUCACUCUCAUCCCCUCUCAUCCUCUCUCAUCCCAUACUAUCAUAUACACUCUCAUCCCCUCUUAUACACUCCCCAACACACUCAUACACUCUCAUCCCUGCUCAUCCCCUAUCAUCCCCUCUCAUCCCCUCUCAUCCCCUAUCAUCCCAUCUUAUACACUCUCACCCACUCUCAUACGCUCUCAUUCCCUCUCACCCACUCUCAUACGCUCUCAUUCCCUCUCACCCACUCUCAUACUCUCUCAUUCCCUCUCACCCACUCUCAUACGCUCUCAUUCCCUCUCACCCACACUCAUACGCUCUCAUUCCCUCUCACCCACUCUCAUACGCUCUCAUUCCCUCUCACCCACUCUCAUACGCUCUCAUUCCCUCUCACCCACUCUCAUACUCUCUCAUUCCCUCUCACCCACACUCAUACGCUCUCAUUCCCUCUCACCCACACUCAUACGCUCUCAUUCCCUCUCACCCACACUCAUACGCUCCCAUUCCCUCUCACCCACUCUCGUACGCUCUCAUUCCCUCUCACCCACUCUCAUACGCUCUCAUUCCCUCUCACCCACUCUCAUACUCUCUCAUUCCCUCUCAUCCACUCUCAUCAACUCUCAUACGCUCUCAACCCCUCCCAUCCACUCUCAUCCCCUCUCAUCCCCUCUCACACACUCUCAUUCCCACUCAUCUCCUCUCGUCCUAUCUCACACACUAUCAUUCCCCCACAUUCACUCUCAUCUACUAUCAUACACUCAUAUUCACUCUCAUCCCCUCUCAUCCCCUCUCAUCCACUCUCAUCCCCUCUCAUCCACUCUCGUUCCCCUUCACACACUCUCAUUCCCUCUCAUACACUCUCGUACCCUCUCUUCCACUCACAUUCCCUCUCAUCCCUUCUCUUCCACUCUCAACCCCUCUCAUCCCAUCUCUUCCACUCUCAUUCCCUCUCAUCCCCUCUCCUACACUCUAAUCCCCUCUCAUACACUCUCAUUUCCACUCAUCCCCUCUCAUUCACUCUCGUUCCCUCUCAUCCCCUCUCAUUCACGUUCAUCCCCUUUCAUCCCCUCUCAUCCCCUCUCAUCCACUCUCAUACGCUCUCAUUCCCUCUCACCCACCCUCACACCCUCUCAUUCCCUCUCACACACUCUCAUACGCUCUCAUUCCCUCUCACCCACUCUCAUUCCCUCUCAUUCCCUCUCACCCAUACGCUCUCAUUCCCUCUCACCCACCCUCACACGCUCUCAUUCCCUCUCACCCACUCUCAUUCACUCUCAUAAGCUCUCAUCCCCCCUCAUCCCCUCUCACACACUCUCGUUCCCUCUCAUACACUCUCGUACCCUCUCUUCCACUCACAUUCCCUCUCAUCCCUUCUCUUCCACUCUCAACCCCUCUCAUCCCAUCUCUUCCACUCUCAUUCCCUCUCAUCCCCUCUCCUACACUCUAAUCCCCUCUCAUACACUCUCAUUUCCACUCAUCCCCUCUCAUUCACUCUCGUUCCCUUUCAUCCCCUCUCAUUCACGUUCAUCCCCUUUCAUCCUCUCUCAUCCCCUCUCAUCCACUCUCAUACGCUCUCAUUCCCUCUCACCCACCCUCACACCCUCUCAUUCCCUCUCACACACUCUCAUACGCUCUCAUUCCCUCUCACCCACUCUCAUACUCCUCAUUCCCUCUCACCCACUCGCAUACGCUCUCAUUCCCUCUCACCCACCCUCACACGCUCUCAUUCCCUCUCACCCACUCUCAUUCACUCUCAUAAGCUCUCAUCCCCCCUCAUCCCCUCUCACACACUCUCGUUCCCUCUCAUACACUCUCAUCCCCCCCCAUCCCCUCUCCUACACUCCAACCCACUCUCAUACACUAUGCUGGUUGCAGGGAUGGGAUGGCGGAAGGAGAAGAGAAGAGAGGAGCUUACCUUGUUCAUACCCUAAGGUGACGGUUAGAGGUCUCGCAACAACCCAGCCCUCCCCUUUCUUCUCGCGUCCCUCCAACCAACCUGAUCCCUCGCAGCACCUCAAUGCCACGUGCAUGCCCCUCAACAGCCACACGCCUGUCAGCUAG